UCCCUAACAUUGUCUGGAUGUCCAGCAGGUUCAGGGCUUCAUGAGGGGCUCUGUAAACAGAAGUAACAAUUACUGGCCCUUUGGAGGUGAAAAUGGGCUUUAAGCGUUCAGCAAUUACAAGGCGGAUCAUGUAUCUAUCUCAUUUCCACUAAUGUGUUUUACGUAUCAAAACGCGGCAGGAUGGCGAAUUGAAUUAACAAAAAAACUGACAGAUUGAUUGUUUAUGUUAAUGUCAGAUGAGUGUCAAUUGAAUUCAAAUGGGCCUUUUUUAAUCACAAAAAACAUCUAUAGCCUAUUGAAACUAUCAGGGAACUCUAAAUGUAUCCCAUAUCAGUGCAGUUUCAUGUCGAAACACUACAAGUGAAGUGAUAAAUCGAUAACCUUUGUCCAUUUAAAUUAAGAUGUACAUGCUUAUUUUGUUAUUGUGCUGUUCAUCAAGAGUCUCCGGUGAAGAUCAAGAGUUGAUUUUGAAGGUAGAUCCACUGACUGAAAGUUGUUUCUUCGAGUAUGGGAGUGUAGACGACCAAAUAGUUGCAGAAUACGAAGUUCUGGAUGGUGGACAUGGAGAGUUCGAUAUAUCCUUCACCUUAACUGAUCCAGCCGGUCGAAUUCUGGUUGCUGACUUCAAAAAGGGUGGAGAAAUUCACAGAAUGUACGCCAAAUUAAAUGGGUCCUAUAAAUUCUGCUUUGAUAACACAUUCAGUGCAUUCAAUACGAAAACUGUGUACUUCGAAAUAGACAUUUUCAACAGCACUGGUUUAGAACAGACAGACCCUUUGAUCGAAUUGUUUAAUGAAACGUUGAAAAAUGUUGCAAAUAUCAACACUACCAUUCGGCAUGUUAAGGAAUAUUUGGACUAUGUAGAGGCAAAGCAAAAAAUGUCCAAGGUGGACCAUGCCAAAAGUCGCAGACUUGCCGAAGCUAUUUUUAUGAAAGUUAACCGUUAUUCGUUCUUUGUGCUAUUUGCAAUGAUUUUCACCAGUUUAAUACAAAUUUUCAUGGUGAAAGGCAUCUUCGAUGAGAAGUCCUAUGCACACAGAAUGAUGUCGUUUUUGGAUUACUAAUAAUAAAUUCUUCCUGAUUUUGCCGUU